AUGGGUGAGGGAACGAAUCCAGGCGUCUUCUUCGUGGGUGCCAAUGGCAACGGCUACCGUCUGUCCGCACGCGGUGUCCAGACCCUGCAGAGCUUCCUGCGGGAACAUGGUGCAGAGUGCGUCCGUCAGUUUAUGCAGGUGCAGUAUCCUCGAUGUUUCGCUUCUGUCGUUUGGUGCGGACGUAAAGUGGGCGCCUUC